UACUCGUUACUUUCGGGUCGGUUCCCGGGGGAGAUGGCCACGCUGCAGGAGGCAGACGUGAAAGUGGGUGGCGAGCCGAAACUGAGCAAGAAGUCCUGGCAGUAAUUAAUUCCAGGGUAUUCUGCCAUGUUGAUGCAAGCUGCGGUCAGGCUUGUUAGGGGGUCUCUGCGGCAGACCUGGGCAGAGUGGGGUCAGAGGGACCUUCGACUGGGCCAACUUGCUCCUUUUACAACGCUGCACAAGGACAAGCCACUUUCUGAUAAAAGAAGUGAGCUAAAGAGACGCCUGAAAGCUGAGAAAAAAGUGGCAGAGAAAGAAGCCAAGCAGAAGGAGCUCAGUGAGAAACAGCUAAGCCAGGCCCCUGCGGCGGCCACCAACCACACCACAGACAAUGGCGUGGGUGCCGAGGAGGAGAGCCUGGACCCAAACCAAUACUACAAGAUCCGCAGUCAAGCAGUCCACCAGCUGAAGGUCAGUGGGGAGGACCCGUACCCACACAAGUUCCAUGUAGACAUCUCUCUUACCCACUUCAUCCAGGAAUACAGUCACCUGCAGCCCGGGGACCACCUGACUGACAUUACCUUAAAGGUGGCAGGUAGAAUCCAUGCCAAAAGAGCUUCUGGGGGAAAACUCAUCUUCUAUGACCUUCGAGGAGAGGGAGUCAAGUUACAAGUCAUGGCCAAUUCCAGGAACUAUAAAUCAGAGGAAGAAUUUAUUCACAUCAAUAAUAAACUGCGUCGAGGAGACAUAAUCGGAGUUCAGGGGAAUCCUGGGAAAACCAAGAAGGGUGAACUGAGCAUCAUUCCCUAUGAAAUCACGCUCUUGUCUCCCUGUCUGCAUAUGUUACCUCAUCUACACUUUGGUCUCAAAGACAAGGAAACAAGAUAUCGUCAGAGAUACUUGGACUUGAUCCUGAAUGACUUUGUGAGGCAGAAAUUUAUCAUCCGCUCCAAGAUCAUCACGUAUAUCAGAAGUUUCUUGGAUGAGCUGGGAUUCCUAGAGAUCGAGACUCCUAUGAUGAACAUCAUCCCAGGGGGGGCUGUGGCCAAGCCUUUCAUCACUUACCACAACGAGCUGGACAUGAACUUGUACAUGAGAAUUGCUCCAGAACUCUACCAUAAGAUGUUGGUGGUUGGUGGCAUUGACCGGGUUUAUGAAAUUGGACGUCAGUUCCGGAACGAAGGCAUUGAUUUGACUCACAAUCCUGAGUUCACCACCUGCGAGUUUUACAUGGCGUAUGCAGAUUAUCACGAUCUGAUGGAAAUCACUGAGAAGAUGAUUUCAGGAAUGGUUAAAAACAUUACUGGCAGUUACAAGGUUUCCUACCAUCCUGAUGGCCCAGAGGGCCAAGCCUUCGAGAUUGACUUCACCCCACCCUUCCGGAGAAUCAGCAUGGUGGAAGAGCUUGAGAAAGCCCUUGGGAUGAAGCUGCCUGAGACCAGCCUGUUUGAAACUGAAGAAACUCGCAGAAUGCUUGAUGAUAUCUGUGUGGCCAAAGCUGUUGAAUGCCCUCCACCUCGGACAACUGCUAGACUCCUCGACAAGCUUGUUGGGGAGUUUCUGGAAGUAACAUGCAUCAAUCCUACAUUCAUCUGUGAUCACCCGCAGAUCAUGAGCCCUUUGGCUAAAUGGCACCGCUCCAAAGAGGGUCUGACUGAGCGCUUUGAGCUGUUUGUCAUGAAGAAGGAAGUGUGCAAUGCCUACACGGAGCUGAACGAUCCCAUGCGGCAGCGGCAGCUGUUUGAAGAACAGGCUAAGGCGAAAGCCGCUGGUGACGAUGAAGCCAUGUUCAUAGAUGAGAACUUCUGUACUGCCCUGGAGUAUGGGCUGCCCCCAACUGCUGGCUGGGGCAUGGGCAUCGACCGUCUCACCAUGUUCCUCACAGACUCCAAUAACAUCAAGGAAGUACUUCUGUUUCCUGCCAUGAAACCCGAAGACAAGAAGGAGACUGUAGCAGCCAGUGAUACACUGGAAAGCUCAACAGUUGGCACUUCUGUCUAGAAAAGAAUGACAAGUCUUAUAACUCAGGCAAUUUUGCGUAUCUACAAAAGAUAAAAUCUGUGAGGGAAUUCUUGUAUGUCACCAUCCAUCCAACCACAAUUGUGUUUCAGCCACCAAAAGAGAGAAAAGGAAUUACAAAUUUCUUUUUAUUCCUUGUUAACAA